GGCGGGACCGCGCUUAGACGGCGUCGUCUGUGCUCCUCGUAAGUUUGUCGUGUAGUGAACCGCAAAGGCUCUUGUCGCAUAAUGGCUGGCGGAAAGGCGGGCAAGGACUCUGGUAAAGCGAAGGCGAAAGCGGUCUCUCGUUCGGCGAGGGCCGGCUUGCAGUUCCCUGUUGGUAGAAUUCAUAGGCAUUUGAAAAACAGAACCACAAGUCAUGGUCGAGUCGGUGCUACGGCGGCGGUGUACAGUGCAGCUAUCUUGGAAUACCUCACUGCUGAGGUACUUGAGUUAGCAGGGAAUGCAUCCAAAGAUUUGAAGGUUAAACGUAUUACACCGAGGCAUUUGCAGCUUGCUAUUCGUGGUGACGAAGAAUUAGAUAGUCUUAUUAAAGCAACCAUUGCAGGAGGAGGUGUUAUUCCACAUAUCCAUAAAUCGUUGAUUGGAAAGAAGGGUUCGCAAAAGCCAGCAUAAUUUAGUGAAUCGAUCGAAGAACAUUUCAAGCUACGUAGGCAAUGCAGAUGCGAAAGCAGCAGAGUGAUUGUUGACAAAGUGUACCUAUGUUACUAAAUUGAUGGCGAGACUGGCGUGAUAUAUAUAGAUAUAUAGAUAUAUAAAUAAAACAAAUAUUGAUAUAAUUUAAUAUAGGUAAUGAGAAUUAAAGAAAAGACAAAUUUUCACCACGCAAUUGGCAUUCAGAAAGGGAAAAGUAAUAAUAUAAGUUCGAAAUAAAGAAGAAUAUUAGUGUGUGCGCUACACUGCAACUAUUUGACAAGCGAUGCGUUGUAGCAUGGCUUGUUCAAGACUGCAGAAAUCCUUGGUACGGUACGCGAAUAUUAAAUAUUUUAAAAGUUGGAGUAUUUAAGGACUUGGAUGUGACGAACUGUUUAUAGCUUUGAAGUUUAUAUUUUGUUCCCUUACUAAAUCGAUGGUGUUUAACUUUGUCUCUUUCUUAAAUUACUGCGUGCUACUAACGCUGUUUUCUUAAAAUUUGCUAUACAGAAAUAGCAUAAUUGUUGUUCUCAAAUAAUGUCUAACACAUACAAGUAUUAAGUAGUUUUUAUUUCAAAAGUUUCUUUUACUUUCGAUAUUUAACGUUUCCAAUUUUUACUCGCAUCUAGAUGUCUAAUACGCUACGAAUGUGGAUACAAGUAAAAAUAAAUACGUAAUCAUUCUUGUUAUUAAAUACUCUUAACUGUCUUGACAGCAGUGAUUAAUGUGUAUAAACAUCUUUAGAGUAAAAAUUUUUUAUUUUGGACAAUUUAUAUUCCAAAAGUUUGUUUUGCCAAAUAUCUUUAAUUCAAUUUUUAAAGUUUUCAGUCUUUGAAAGCAUUAAUGUACAACUACAGGAUGGAGCACUUAAAAAUAAUAUUUGUAUACCUCCAUCGCACAUGAAUCUGUGAAAAACUAACGAGAACAAUAUUGUUUAUUCAAAACAAAUGCAUGACAAUGGAUUUCGUAUUCAAGUCUAUUAAUACUUGAGAUAAAGAAGUAUUAAAUGCAAAUUAAAUGAUGUGUAUUUAUGUGGUUUAUUAAUAUACAUUUGAAAUAUUUGUUAUGAGAAAUCAGUUUAUCUAUGUAAUAUCUCGAUAAUUUAUAUGCGAUUACCAGCCAGGAAUUCUUAAAUAUUUCAUAUUAAUCCUUUGAUUGCCAGGUCAAUACACGAAGCUUUUGCGUCAUUUUUCGCGUUGGAAUCAUAAGUGCAUGAAAAAGUGAAGUACAAAGAAAAUAUUUUUAUAUUUAAUGAAAGCUCGUUAAUAAUUUUGAAAAUAUGAAACGACGAUAAUAAGAAACUUCUCAAGUACCAUAUACGGAUUUCUAAGCCAAGUAGCUUUUGUUAUAACUAUUUCAUGGAUUCAAGUUGCAAUGGAUGUAUUCAAUUUACAUAUUUUUUAAAUUCUCCAUCCUGAGUAAGAAUAUUUUUGGAAUUAUAGUUCCGUAAACAUAGUUUCUGCUAACGUUGUAAAAGUUGAUGUCACUUACGAAGUAUAAAUAGUAGAUUUCAAAUGACUAAACCGAUUUCAACGUGUAAUUAAAGUCUUUAUCAUUUAUUCUAGUGUACUAUCUAAAUCCUAUGAGACUGGAACCUUUGGAACGUAAUAAGCUUUUACUCUUGUAAAGUGAAAUGAAAACUAUUUCGACAUUGCAAAAUCUUCGAUGUAAAACAUAAUCUCUAUUCUAGUAGUGUUCAUUAAUGUAAAAACCAUAGCAGAGAAGUUGAAUCAGUCUGAAACGUACAAGCAGUAUAUGUUUUUUAAAUAAUUCUUGAUUUGUUUGAUUUCGUUCGUACUAUUUUUUAUUUUAUUCUUCAUAAAACUGUUGUGUCAUUUAGUGUAAUUUUCACUGUACCUACGGUGUUAUACCGUAUAUUAAAUAUCAGCAAUGUGUAAAACGUUCAUUUUCAUAAUAAAGAAAAGUUUUACUAUCGA